CGUGAAGAUGGCUCGUACCAAACAGACGGCCCGAAAAUCAACCGGCGGUAAGGCGCCGCGGAAGCAACUCGCCACCAAGGCCGCUCGUAAGAGCGCUCCGGCCACGGGAGGUGUGAAGAAACCUCAUCGUUACAGACCCGGUACGGUCGCUCUUCGUGAAAUACGUCGCUAUCAGAAGAGUACGGAACUUUUGAUACGCAAGCUGCCGUUCCAGCGUCUUGUCCGUGAGAUCGCACAAGACUUCAAGACGGAUCUACGUUUCCAGAGUUCGGCCGUUAUGGCGUUACAGGAAGCUAGCGAGGCUUACCUCGUCGGUCUAUUCGAAGACACGAACCUGUGCGCUAUCCACGCCAAGCGUGUAACGAUCAUGCCCAAGGAUAUUCAAUUGGCGCGUAGGAUCCGAGGAGAACGUGCUUAAUUACGUGACGUCGUCGAUUGCAUACUACUGCGUGUGUUUAUAAUAAUAAUAAAUAUACGUAGUAGUAGUAUUUGCAAAAUAUAAUUAUCAAAAAGGCCCUUUUCAGGGCCGCAUAUAUAUAUCUGAAAACGAAAAAAAAAAUGUUUGUUUCAUACGUUCAAUCA